GUGUCUGCGGUCACUCUGCGGUACAACUGUCAAAAUAAUAAGGAAUGGAAAUUAUGUAAAUUGCAUUUGUUAAUUAUGUAAAUAAAGCGUAUUGUAGACAGAUACGUAACUCGUGUCGGGGAGUUAUGAAUGACCCUGUUAAAAGCAAACAAUCGGUUCAAGUGUUCAUGAAAAAUAUGAACACGCUUGACGCUCAGUUGAUUAAAAUCUGAGAAUCUCUUGAUUAGCUCUCUUUGACGUUGCCACGAAGUGUCACACGCUCGUAUAUAGUGACUUGAAACCCGUUCAUCGCCAAUUAUUGCAAUGGAUUUUAAAACCGUACACAUAGAGAAUCUGAAUGGUAGCCUAAGAAAACAGAGCGAUAAAAGGGAGAUAAAAAUUUUAUGCUUUGAUUUAACCAACGCUAGCCAGAAAGCCCAACUACUAUGGUGCACCACUGGGGUAUUCGUUUUUUAUCUUCUAUACGGAUAUUUACAGGAAUGGAUAUUUACCCUCGAUGGAUUCCGACCGUUCGGUUGGUACCUCACUCUCAUCCAAUUUGGAUAUUAUACAAUUUUUGGAUGGAUCGAAUGUCGGAUAAAAGGAGUCACUCGAAGAAUACCUUUGGGCACUUACUUACUACUUGCUCUUCUCACUCUUGGCACAAUGGGAUUCUCUAAUUCCUCAUUAGGAUAUUUGAAUUACCCGACACAGGUGAUAUUCAAAUGCUGCAAGCUAGUCCCAGUCCUAAUAGGCAGUAUCCUGAUACAGGGCAAAAAAUAUGGUCCCUUAGAUUUUCUUGCUGCGAUUCUGAUGUGCAUAGGCCUGGCGCUCUUCACAGUUGCAGACAGUCAAAUUUCUCCCCGAUUUGAUCCAAUCGGUAUCAUAAUGAUCAGUUGCGCCCUGUUGUGCGAUGCAGUCAUAGGAAACGUUCAGGAGAAGGCGAUGCGCGAGCACAAAGCGUCAAACACUGAAGUUGUCCUCUUCUCGUACAGCAUUGGAUUCGUCUAUUUAUUUCUAAUACUCCUGACAAUAUCCGAACUGCAGAAGGGUGCUUCUUUCUGUGCCGAGCAUCCUGUUGAAACUUAUGGACUUGGCCUGCUCUUUUCAUUGUCCGGUUACUUGGGCAUACAGAUUGUUUUGACUCUAGUCCAAUGCUGCGGAGCCUUCGUUGCAGCAACAGUUACGACAUGCAGAAAAGCAAUAUCGAUUUUGAUUAGCUUUAUGUUCUUUUACAAACCAUUCACCUUCCAAUACGUUUGGUCUGGCCUGAUCGUUGUUCUUGGAAUCUACUUGAAUAUUUACAGCAAGAAACGUGGAGGCACUAAAGGUGGAUUUAGAGAAUUAUGGAUAGGUCUUAAGCAGUGUUGGAUUAAACACAACCGUAUACAAAGACGAUUACUGACUAACGUUUAAUACUAGUGCCAGUAAUGAGGCAAAGAAACUGUUUUGUUCCUAUUAUUAAUUAUAAUUAUUAUUGCUCAGUCAAA